AUGCUUCGGUUAUUCUAUUUCUCUGCUAUUAUUGCCUCGGUUAUUUUAAAUUUUGUAGGAAUCAUUAUGAAUCUGUUUAUUACAGUGGUCAAUUGCAAAACUUGGAUCAAAAGCCAUAGAAUCUCCUCUUCUGAUAGGAUCCUGUUCAGCCUGGGCAUCACCAGGUUUCUUAUGCUGGGACUAUUUCUGGUGAACACCAUCUACUUCGUCUCUUCAAAUACGGAAAGGUCAGUCUACCUGUCUGCUUUUUUUGUGUUGUGUUUCAUGUUUUUGGACUCGAGCAGUCUCUGGUUUGUGACCUUGCUCAAUAUCUUGUACUGUGUGAAGAUUACUAACUUCCAACACUCAGUGUUUCUCCUGCUGAAGCGGAAUAUCUCCCCAAAGAUCCCCAGGCUGCUGCUGGCCUGUGUGCUGAUUUCUGCUUUCACCACUUGCCUGUACAUCACGCUUAGCCAGGCAUCACCUUUUCCUGAACUUGUACAUACGAGAAAUAACACAUCAUUUAAUAUCAAUGAGGGCAUCUUGUCUUUAGUGGUUUCUUUGGUCUUGAGCUCAUCUCUCCAGUUCAUCAUUAAUGUGACUUCUGCUUCCUUGCUAAUACACUCCUUGAGGAGACAUAUACAGAAGAUGCAGAAAAAUGCCACUGGUUUCUGGAAUCCCCAGACGAAAGCUCAUGUAGGUGCUAUGAAGCUGAUGAUCUAUUUCCUCAUCCUCUACAUUCCAUAUUCAGUUGCUACACUGGUCCAGUAUCUCCCCUUUUAUGUAGGGAUGGAUAUGGGGACCAAAUCCAUUUGUCUGAUUUUUGCCACUCUUUACUCUCCAGGACAUUCUGUUCUCAUUAUUAUCACACAUCCUAAACUGAAAACAACAGCAAAGAAGAUUCUUUGUUUCAAAAAAUAG